AUGUUGACUCACGCCCCGGGAUAGCUGCUCCUUAACUUCUUUCGGGUCCGACUACUGCCUUAUUGGCCCUUUAUUUCCAACAUUUGAGCAAUAUUGUGUUUACAGAAGGUUAUUCUAACUCCAACGCUCACAAUAAGAGAUCACUUCUGCAGACAUGCUUUCAGCUGUCCGAUACCUGCUGUCCAAAGUGAUAUCUCCGCUGUGGAGAACCGCGCAGGUGGAGGCCAAUGGCGGCCCAAGCGAUGCAGCAGACUCGGAGAGCAUUAGCCACGUUCGCGACGGCGUGGUGACCGAGCUGGGCCUUGACCACGGCCUGAUCGACGGUGCCAUCUACUUCACGAGUGACAUGGUGCUGGGUGGGGCUCCGCUCAAAGAAGGGGACGCGGUGACCUGCAUAGCCGUGAAAGAUGGCGCACAAGGCGGGUGGAAAGCCCGAAGGGUGUCAAAGAGUUUCGACGCUUGGGAGACCAGAGAUGAGACGUCCGUGGAGGACGAUUGCGCUCGGCUGCGUCCUCUUAUUGGCAGCAUCACGUCAUUGGACAGAAAGGGUGGCUACAUCAACCAGAACACUUACUUCCCACGCUCUAGUUUGUGCGAAGGUUACGAGCCGAUGACAGGCGACUGUAUUCAAGCUAAAUAUUUUGUUAAGCCCGACCGGUGGACCACCGAGGCUCAUUCUGUCGCCCCUCUACGCUACUGUCGUCUCAAUCAGGUGUGUGUGACCAGCGUGUGCGUCAACAAGGGCGUGGUGGAGGACAGUGUGUUCUUCUGCCUCGACUCGCUGAUGCUGCCCGCCGACUACAAGCCUUUGCGCGGCCACCUGGUCAAUCUGGUGAUGGUGGAGAGCAACCAGUCCUUCUACCGCUGGAGGGCCCUCUGCAUGGCGCCGUGCACGGAAGGUUUGAAGUCAGACCCGACACAGAUGUCCAUGACUGAAAUGGAGAGUUUGUUAGAGAAUAAAGGAGGGCUGGAUGUAUCUUCCUAUGGCCAGUUUGGAGAUUUGAUGAGGGGCGAGCGCCGGCAGCUGGUGCUAUGGAUACAGAACAAAGGCUCAGAGACACACCGGCUCAAGACCUGCGACUUUGCCGGUUGGGACUCGGAAGAACAGUUUUGUUUCAGUAAAGUCAAGACGGGAUGCGAAGAGCAGCCCAGGUCAGGGUCCUCUGGGGAUCCUGCAGAAGAGCAAGGCCAUCAUGCAGAUGAAGCCGAUAGCAAGGAAGCAUAUGUGUCCCCUGGUGUGAGGAGAGAAGAACGAGAGGUGGAUAUUCCUCCAGGAGAGCGUCUGUCUAUUGCAGUGGCGUGCCAAGCAAAGAGCCUGGGAAGCUGUGACGAGCUGCUGUUGCUGCACUUCUCCUCUUUCAUCAUCGGGAGGCGCCUGGAGGUCACGGUGUGCAGUCAAGAAGAGAGACUUUUGUGUCCCUCAGCGCCCUACAAUCCUGCGAAUGCCAAACAUGUUCCACUUCCAGCUACCCCUUCUCAUGUGAUCACUUUAACUGCUCCUACGGAUACUUUCAGACUUUCCAAACGCCGACUGCCAUGUUUCCUACCUUCCUACAAUGUGCCGCAGUCAUUGAGACACUGUGUGGCUGGACAAAAAGAUGUCCUGGUAGUUCGGCCAUGCUUAGGAGAGGAGCUGUCAGCAUCCAACGCACAGGACCGUUUCUCCACCCUUUUGUGGCUGGAGGAGCUUAAUGCUGAGAAGGAACUGGAAGAAUUCACUGUCCAUGGUUCUCUGCUCAGAAAGGGAGCCGUCUACCUUCACCUAGAGGUCCUUGGCUUAACAGAGGGGAGGCCCUAUCUCAAUAUAGGCGACAGAAUCGUAUUGAAAAGGCCACAGAGCAACGGCGUGGUCGUGGAGUGCGUUAGCUGUGUUGUUGAGAUCAAUGACGAGGACGUUAGUCUGAAAGUGAACUCGGAGUUUCAGCGCUGCUACCUAGGAGAGCCUCUUGAUGUGGAGUUUUCUUUAAACAGGAUAACCAUGAGGCGUUGUCACCAUGCAGUCGAACAGACCAAAUCUUUUGCUGAGAUUUUCUUCCCCUCCAGAGUGACACCUCAGUCCCCUCUAUUGGCAGUGAAGUGGGUAGAUGAAGAUGACACAAACAAAACACUGGAUGGAAAUAAGCAGGCGGCUGCUAAAGAAAAUGAACAGUUGGCAAGCAUUUCAUUUGACAUGAAGUCAAAGGCCACACAGACCAAAGAUGGUGCAGUACCAGUCAAACCCAUCCCAAGCCUGGGACACUUCUUCAACCCUAACCUCAACCCUUCUCAGAGGGACGCAGUGAAGAGGAUCCUGGCUGCAGAGUGUCGCCCCACCCCUUAUGUGCUGUUUGGACCCCCUGGCACUGGAAAGACUAUUACGCUCAUAGAGGCCAUACUACAGGUGUACCACUUUCUUCCAAGCAGCCGGGUUCUGGUGUGCACGCCCUCCAACAGUGCGGCCGACCUCAUUUGCAUCCGCCUGCACGACAGCGGCUUCCUACACGCCGCCAGUAUGGCUCGCAUCAAUGCUUCCUGCAGGCAAGAGAAGUGCAUUCCUGAGAUGCUGAGACAGUACUCAAGGGCAGGAGAGGACAUCAGUCAGGCCUCCCUUUACCGCAUCGUGGUGAGCACCUGCUCCAGCGCUGGCAUGUUCUUCAAUCUAAGCCUACAAGUGGGACAUUUUACUCAUGUAUUCCUGGAUGAAGCAGGCCAGGCCACAGAACCUGAGUCUCUCAUUCCCAUCAGCCUAAUCUCGGAGAAAGACGGACAGCUAGUGUUGGCCGGAGACCCCUGCCAGUUGGGGCCCAUUGUGAAGUCCAAGGUGGCAGCCGCUUUCGGCCUGGGCGUGUCCAUGCUGGAGAGGCUCAUGGCUAAUCCACUUUACGCCAGGCAGGAAUGGGGGUACAACCCAAAGCUGGUGACCAAGCUGAUCUACAAUUACCGCUCUCAUGAAGCCUUGCUCACGAUGCCCUCCAAACUUUUCUACCACGGAGAACUGUGUGUUAAAGCCCCCAAAGCUGUAGUGGACUCCCUCUGCAAGUGGAAAACCCUGCCCAAAAAAGGCUUUCCUCUUCUCUUCCAUGGUGUCAGGGGCAAAGAAAUGAGAGAAGGCAACAACCCGUCAUGGUUCAACCCAGUGGAAGCCGUGCAGGCCAUGAUGUACAGCUGCCAGCUGGCCAAGAAAUCCUACAAACCUGUGGCUGCUUCAGAGAUUGGAAUCAUUGCCCCUUACAGGAAACAAUGUGAAAAGAUUCGCAUCCUUCUGGCUAAAGCGGGCCUGUCGGACAUCAAAGUGGGCUCGGUGGAGGAAUUCCAAGGACAAGAGUUCCUGGUUAUCAUCGUGUCAACGGUUCGCUCUAAUGAAUCGGUGAAGAGUGAUGAUCUGCAGAGUACGCUUGGCUUCCUUACCAACCCUAAACGCUUCAAUGUGGCCAUCACACGCUCCAAAGCCUUGCUGCUGAUCAUAGGGAACCCCCACAUUCUCAUCAGGGAUCCAUGCUUCGGGAUGCUCCUUCACUAUUGUUACACCAGCGGGGCGUAUGUAGGCUGCGACCCCCCUUCCUCCAUAAGAGACACUAAGAUAGCUGCAAUAGAUCCGUGUGCUGCAUGAUGACGAUGCUGCUGCUGCCGGAGUGAACAUCAUCUAAGUUAUUUCCAUGUUUUCUUGUCUAAGUUUGCCAUGUGAGUGAUCGUCGUUAUCUAUACCGCUUUCACAAACCCAUCUUUUUUUGUCUCGCGGCCAAAGCUCAGCUCGGUAGGAUACAAAUAAAAGAUGACGUCUGUAAACAAUGCGGCCCGUUUCUUG